AUGUCCUGGACGCUAAACAUUCAAUGCAAGCGUUUUGGUAACUUCAAUUUGCAUGUUUCGGAAAAUGAAGGAGUCUUGGGUGUGAAGCAGAUGAUCCAAUGCGAACAACGAGUCCCCUUGGCAAAGCAGAACUUCACAUUUGACGGCCAGGUUCCUGAAGAUGACUUCAAGCUGGAGGAUUACGGCAUCAAGAAUGGUUCUACCAUUUGCCUCAGUCUUCCGUUGUGGUUUUCAAGGGAUAUGCUCCUGAGUAUAACCCUACCGUCUGGACUCAAGUUAUGGUAUUCCGUCAAUGAAAAUGCCCCGGUGGCCAAUCUCAAGGAACAGCUGGAUCGUUGGUUUCAACUGCCUAGGCAAAAGUAUGAGUUGGUUGCGGACGGUAAAGUUUUAGAGGGAGGUAAAACUCUGGCAUCCUACGGAGUGGCCCAUAAUUCAAACCUCACUGUUAUGCCUUAUAAGUUAACGGAUCCGGAAACGAACUUGAAGUUUUUACAAAUAUUUAUCGAACCUCCUUCGGUAACAACACUUUCACUCAAAGCCAUUCCGUCAGAAAGAGUCUAUAUUUUGAAGAGUCGCAUGCAAUCAAAAAUUGGCACUCCAAUGCAUCAACAGCGUCUAGUAUUUGCGGGAAAGCAUCUGGAAGACGAAAGAACUCUAAUGGACUAUAAUAUACAAAACGGGUCAACGAUUUUCCAGUACUGA